AUUUGCAUUCCCACCAACAGUGUAUGAAGGUUCCUUUUUAGUAGAGGCCAGUUCUUACCCACCACCAGCAAGGACUGCCCAUGUCCAGACAGGAGAACAUACGUGGGAGCAGGCAAAUGACCUGAAAACCUUUCCCCUGCAUAACUUUCUGAGAAGUGUAGUUCUGUGGUUCAGAUGCCAUUGUCUUACAACACAACUAACUAUAGGGCAGCGGGGUUCAACAGAGGCAAACGAUGCCCUCUCCAAGUUGCGUUUAGGUCCUAGUGAGAUGCUCAGCUCCAGCUCCAGGCUAAGUAGUUGCUUAGAAAGCCCAGGCAGCAGUUCUCGCGGUGCGCCGAGACCACGCGCUGCCACGGAGACUUCUGGGAAAUGUAGUUUUGCAGGAGGCCACUGGCUCCGCACCGGUAACUUGCGUCCCUGACACCGAGGAGUCUGAGAAAUGCCGCUCUGGUCUGCGGUUAGGUCCACCCCGCGGUAGUCUCGGCCCAAGCGGCGGGAUUCUCCGCCCUGGGAACUGGGAGGACUCUGGAGUGCAGUUCCCGUGAGGGCGGCGGCCAUCGUUGGCUCACGGCGACCGGGCGCGUCCGGUACGCGGAGGUGCCAGCUCUGGAUGUCCUCGCUCGGGCCUUGGGCCCACUGAGGAUUCGGCACACUGCCCUUCUGUAAGACAAGAGCCUGGGAAGAGGACGGUGUUCACGAUUGGAAAUUGCAAAGUCAUGUUCCAGGUAACAUUUAGUGACGUGGCCAUAGACUUCUCUCAUGAAGAGUGGGGAUGGCUAGAUUCUGCUCAGAGGGAUUUAUACAAGGAUGUGAUGGUCCAGAAUUAUGAAAAUCUAGUCUCUCUAGCAGGUCUUUCCAUACCUAAGCCAUAUGUGAUCACUUUAUUGGAGGAUGGGAGAGAACCUUGGAUGGUGGAGAAAAAACUGACAAAGGCUAUGUUUCCAGAUUGGGACUCAAGAUGGGAAAACAAGGAAUUAUCAACAAAGGAGGAUAUUUAUGAUGAAGAUUCAUCCCAAACGGUAAUAGCAGAAAAAAUGAUAAAACAAAGUCAUGAAUUUUCAAAUUUUAACAAGGACUGGGAAUAUAUAGAGAAGUUGGAGGGGAAGCAUGAAAAUCAGACAGAACAUUUCAGACCAGUGACUCUCACUUUUAGAGAAAGUUCUACUGGGGAAAGUGUUUACAAAUAUAAUACAUUUAGAAGCAUCUCCCAUUUAAAUUUAAAGUCUAUUCUUUCUGAACCACAGAGAAUUUCUGCUGAAGGGAAAUCACAUAAACAUGAUAUAUUUAAGAAGAGCUUACCGAAAAAGUCAUUUAUAAAAAAUGAGAAUAUCAGUGGUGAGAAGAAACUUUUGAAUUCUAAUGGAAGUGUGGCAGCCUUCAACCAGAGCAAAUCUCUUCCACUUCACCAGACUUAUAAUAGAGAGAAGAUCUAUACAUGCAGUGAAUGUGGGAAAGCCUUUGGCAAACAAUCAAUCCUUAAUCGCCACUGGAGAAUUCAUACAGGAGAGAAACCCUAUGAAUGUCGUGAAUGUGGGAAGACUUUUAGCCAUGGCUCAUCCCUUACUCGACAUCAGAUAAGCCAUAGUGGAGAGAAACCUUACAAAUGUAUUGAAUGUGGGAAGGCCUUCAGCCAUGUCUCAUCGCUUACUAAUCAUCAAAGCACUCAUACUGGAGAGAAACCAUAUGAAUGUAUGCACUGUGGAAAGUCUUUUAGUCGUGUUUCACAUCUCAUUGAACAUCUGAGAAUUCAUACUCAAGAAAAACUCUAUGAGUGUCGAAUAUGUGCGAAGGCCUUCAUUCAUAGGUCAUCUCUCAUUCACCACCAGAAAAUUCAUACUGGCGAGAAACCUUAUGAAUGUAGUGAAUGUGGAAAAGCCUUUUGCUGUAGCUCACACCUUACUCGACAUCAAAGAAUUCACAUGAUAGAGAAACAAUUCGAAUGCAACAAAUGUCUGAAAGUCUUUAGUAGCCUCUCAUUUCUUAUUCAGCAUCAGAGUAUUCAUACUGAAGAAAAACCCUUUGAAUGUCAAAAAUGCCGGAAAUCUUUCAACCAACCUGAAUCAUUGAAUAUGCAUUUGAGAAAUCACACUAGAUUGAAACCUUAUGAAUGCAGUAUAUGUGGGAAAGCCUUCAGUCAUAGGUCAUCCCUGCUUCAACAUCACAGAAUUCAUACUGGAGAGAAACCCUAUGAAUGUAUUAAAUGUGGAAAGACCUUCAGUUGUAGUUCAAACCUUACUGUACAUCAGAGAAUUCAUACUGGAGAAAAGCCAUAUAAAUGUAAUGAAUGUGGGAAAGCUUUUAGCAAAGGUUCAAAUCUUACUGCCCAUCAGAGAAUACAUAAUGGAGAGAAACUCAGUAGUGCAAUAAGUGUGGAAAAGCCUUUAGGCCAUAUGAAUCACUACACAUGAAAAAUCAUGUUAAGAGAGAAACUAUGAAUGCAAUAUUCAUCAUAAUACACUUCAGCCACUGGUCCUCCUUGAUUCAAAAUCAGAAAAUUUAUAUUUGAGGAAAGUCUUAUGAAUGUAAUGAAUAUGGGAAGGUCUUUAGCAAUAGUACAAAGCCUUAUUGUCCAUCAGCUUUCACACUGUAGAGGGUCUAUGUGAAGGCAAUAAAUGUGAGGAUGCCUUUAGCCAGUAUUAAUCCCUUAAUUGACAUAAGUAAAUCCACACUGUAUUUACUGUUACAUACAUGUAGCAAAUAUGGAAAAGACAUUAGGCAAUAUGAAUCUCUUAUAAAAUGUAUAAAUAUGUACAGGAGAGAAGCAAAUAUGAAUAUAAAUGUGGAUAGUCCUUCAGUUAAAGUACAUCCUUUCUACAUCAAAGAACUGGAGAGAAAGUUUAUGUAAGAAAUGUAUUAAAGUUUUCACUAAGAGCUCUUAUUUUCCUAGACCUCAGAAAAUUAACGCUAGGACAACCUGAAGGAUGUAGGAAUUGUGUUUAAAUCUUUGCAGUGAUGCUAUUUGUAAAUGGUUUUACAGGACAGCAAGCGUUAUUAUAAAUGAAUAUGCAUUUCUUAUAGCAGCAGCUUGCAAUUUUACUCGAGUUGUACAUAGAAAUUACCUCCAGUUAAUGGGCAUGUGAAGAUAUUUAGUCAUCCAGUGGAUCCAGUAAAUGUUAUAAAGUUGAAUAUUAAAGCUGCAAAAGAAGUAAAAAGUGGUGUGAAUAAAAUUCUUGGUUUCUAAUAAAAUCAUUUUUAUAUAAUGAACUCUUUCACUGUG